UAGCAUCUUCAUUCUCUUGCCUGGCGACCCUCCCUCCACAAUAUAAUAAUAAUCGUCGUUGGGAGAAGCUGCAAAACGCUUUGAAAAAAGGCAACUGACACAGGAGGCAGGUGCUUUGGUAUGAUCGGGAACCAAAAGGAGAAAAUAUAGGUUAAAAAAGGAGAAAAUCUGAGCCAAAGAAUAUGCUGGAGGAAAAGGAUAAACUGGAAUAUUUUGAUUGCGGGACUCCAGGAAUUCAAAGCACUUGUAAGAUACCAAAAUGAGCCUACGAAAACAAACUCCAAGUGAUUUCUUGAAGCAAAUCAUAGGAAGACCAGUUGUUGUAAAAUUAAAUUCUGGAGUUGAUUACCGAGGUGUACUAGCCUGCUUGGAUGGCUACAUGAAUAUUGCUCUGGAACAGACAGAAGAGUAUGUAAAUGGACAAUUGAAAAAUAAAUAUGGAGAUGCCUUCAUCAGAGGAAAUAAUGUGUUAUAUAUAAGUACACAGAAGAGGAGAAUGUGAGCCUAUUUGAAGACGGAGUAUUUCAUAUUAACUUUUCUUAAUAAAUGUUUUGUUUUUGCCUUCUGUUCUAAAGUUAUAUAACCUGUAUGGAAAAGUUGUUUUUUAAAUGUUAAAACAAAAUGGAACAUUUUCCUGUUUCAAUAUUAUUUGUAUUAUAAUUUGGAAAGAA